UGGUCGUUUCGUCCCCCUACCAGUUCGAGCCACUGAUAUUUGUGUAAGGAGGGAUUGGUCGUUUCGUCUCACUGAUAAGAUAUAGCCAGGAUGGUUAUGUUAGGUUUAAGAAAGAAUGUCUCAACAUUUUGAAAAAAAAAACAUUGAAACUAGUUGACAGCUCCCUAGCAAGUACAUUUUGAAUCUUCAAAAAGGAGAUUUUCACUUUUGGCGGAACUCAAUAUUUCUCGCUGCAGAAACAGAUCACAGCUCUGAAGGAGAUGAUGCCAAUGAUUCACCAUUAGAGGACAUGAUGUAACGGUGGCCCAGAACUCUGCUCAACAUCGUUCAUGUAGUAGUACCUACAUUCUGACAUGCUCACAAACAACAAAACAUACCAAGAUGAUGCUGAGGUGUAGUUAAGUCAUUAGGGAAAGAACUUGACAAAACCAUUCCUGUAUCAUUUCCUAGCUUAUGAUGAAGAGAUCUGCUUUUGGACUGAAAGUUGCACGAGCUGCACAGAGAGUACGUUUGGCUGCAAGUGGUGCCAUGUUGCGGGGACUGCGUGUCAGUGAUGCAGCACCAGCCUGCCCGGAUCAGACUACAGCUGCUGUUCGAUCCCCUGUCAAGUGUCCACAAUUGGAGACUACCUCCUAUGACACUGACGUGGUUGUACAUUCUGGCCAGAAGAAGAGCAUCAGUGUACGUGUGGUGGACAUUCAGCCAGACCAGAUGGACAAUGUCCUCUGCCUGUUCACAUACAGCUGGGAAGUGAAGUACUCCUCAUGGAAAAUCACGUCCUCCAACCUCGAGUGUGAGGCUCUCCAGUUUGAGUUCUCUGACGUCACGUUGCCCAUAGUAACCGCUCAGUUCACCGUGAGGAGUGGGAAGAACAGCGUUCCAUUGGAUAAUCCACAAAAUAUCAAAGUCCGCAUCUACAAGUGUGGUACCAUGGUAACCAACUGCGGUCAGUGCCUUAGUAUGGACCCGGAAUACGAGUGUGGCUGGUGUGUGGGUGCAAGCCCCACAUGCUCCCUGCAGACUCUCUGCCCUGCCUCUGACUGGCUCGACCGCUCAGCUGUCUGUCCCAACCCUCAGAUACUCGGGGUACGUGUGGCCAUAAUGCAGGAGAUGAUGCCAAUGAUUCACCAUUAGAAGACAUGAUGGUAACGGUGGCCCAGAACUCUGCUCAACUAGAGUUCUAGCAACAUUCUGACAUGCUCACAAACAACAAAACAUACUACCGGAUGAUGCUGAGGAUGUAGUUCAGUCAUUAGGGGGAGAGCUUGACAUAACCAGUUCCUGUAUCAUUUCCUGGCUUAUGAUGAAGGUGUGCCCUAUGUUAAAGGAAUGCUGAAGAGCAACAAAUAGAAACCGAUGACUUUGUAGAAGAUUCAUAUGAUUAUGAUAAUGAUGCCGAUUACAUCUCAUCAGAGGAAAGUGACAGUGAUUGUAAAGGCACAGUAUAUCCAGAACGAGACACAGUGAACAUAUACGUUGAGGAAAGUUUAAAUGUCAUACAAGGAGAUGGAGACAAAGAACAGGUUGAAAUAGGAAAAUCCAGUAUCAAACUAGUGAAUGUACAGAAAGAAACCAUACACAUAGCUACCUCAAAGAAUACUAAUAUGUGUAAUUUUAAUUAAUGCUUUUGCAAUGCUUUGCAAUACCUAAAUAUGUAUAAAGCCAAAAUGAAAACCUCAAGGUGCUUUAAAAAAAAAGAAAAUUAACAUUGUUGAUAAAAAGCUGCCAGCUUUAAUCUCAUGUUUGUUUACAUUAUGUUUGUUUUUGUGCGUAGUAUACAUUCUGUAUCUUAAUAGCGUGUAACAACUAGUCCUCCAUGGUGCAGUGGAAGAGUACUCGCCUGCAGAUCUGGAUGUCUUCAGUUGGAAUCCUUCUACUGGCUUAGUGUUUUUAACCAGGUUUUCCGAAGGAAAAAAAUGGUUAUUAGAUUGGCGAAUGCGGGCGGGCUGGCUGGCUGUCUGGCGGGCAGGCGGGCGGAACAAGCUUGUCCGGGCCAUAACUUUGUCUUAAUAACACGUUGUCAACCAGUAUAAGGCGCUGUCAGUCUUUAUAACACGUUAUAAACCAGUAUAAGGCACUGUCAGUCGCUAUAACACGUUGUCAACCAGUAUAAGGCGCUGUCAGUCUUAAUAACACGUUGUCAACCAGUAUGAGGGGCUAUCAGUCUUUAUAACACGUUGUCAACCAGUAUAAGGCGCUGUCAGUCGCUAUAACACGUUGUCAACCAGUAUAAGGCGCUGUCAGUCUUUAUAACACGUUGUCAACCAGUAUAAGGCGCUGUCAGUCUUUAUAACACGUUGUCAACCAGUAUAAGGCGCUGUCAGUUGCUAUAACACGUUGUCAACCAGUAUAAGGCGCUGUCAGUGGCUAUAAAACGUUGUCAACCAGUAUAAGGUGCGGUCAGUUGCUAUAAAAAGUUGUCAACCAGUAUAAGGCGCUGUUAGUCUUAAUAACACGUUGUCAACCAGUAUAAGGCGCUGUCAGUCUUUAUAACACGUUAUAAACCAGUAUAAGGCGCUGUCAGUCGCUAUAACACGUUGCCAACCAGUAUAAGGCGCUGUCAGUCUUAAUAACACGUUGUCAACCAGUAUGAGGCGCUAUCAGUCUUUAUGACACGUUAUAAACCAGUAUAAGGCGCUGUCAGUCGCUAUAACACGUUGUCAACCAGUAUAAGGCGCUGUCAGUCUUUAUAACACAUUGUCAACCAGUAUAAGGCGCUGUCAGUCUUUAUAACAUGUUGUCAACCAGUAUAAGGCGCUGUCAGUCGCUAUAACACGUUGUCAACCAGUAUAAGGCGCUGUCAGUCGCUAUAACACGUUGUCAACCAGUAUAAGGCGCUGUCAGUCACUAUAACACGUUGUCAACCAGUAUAAGGCGCUGUCAGUCACUAUAACACGUUGUCAACCAGUAUAAGGCGCUGUCAGUCGCUAUAACACAUUGUCAGUCGUUGAUUUUCGUUUAUUUGGAGUAUUUAUGCGAGUUAAAACAUUUUAGGUAAGAGUGAAUUAGUAUAUAAAAUAGUAGCCAAUAUAGUAUCUCCUUUACACGAGUGUUGAUUGAGUUUACCAUGCUUUUAUGGUAAAAUAUUUGUUCAGGAUAGAUAUGCUAUUUGUCUUGCAUUGUAUUUAUUAUUGCUUCAUUUCAAACAUUUAAAAUGUUCUCCCUUAUUUUGACACUUUGUGUGUUAUGUUAAAUAAAUGUAUAAAAUGA